ACCACAGACAACUAGAGACCCCCUCUGCAUCUUUCCGACCUCAGUCUUCCGGCCCUCAUCUCUGGUCGUUGCAUUUGCGUUGAAGUCUUCGUCAGAGUAACUUUGCAUCUGUAUACAAGUCCUCAGAUCCAUUUGCAAUGGGUGGUGCGGUAUCCGCAGUAUCCCGGGUAGUCCCCUUUGUAGGGGGUGUCAUCCCGGCAAUCCUUGGUGCAAUCGUUGGCAGUAGAGUCAAAGAAAACCCGACGAUGUCCGUUAUCGAUGCGCGGCUCCGGAAGGCAGAGGCAGAGGCAGAGGAGGCCCGACGACAUAUGGAGCAGCUCGAACGAGAGAAGCAGGCGCAACUGGAGAUGAUCAGAGUCCAGCAGGAGGCUUCACAGAGAGCUGCUCAACUCGCCGAGCAGCUUGAGCAAGAGAAGCAGGCGCAGGCUGAGAGAAUCAGAGUCCAACAAGAGGAGGCGCAAAGCGCGGCUCAAAAUGCCCAACAAUUGGAGAGGGAGAAGCAGGAGCAGAUGGAGAAUGCCAGGAGGGAACGCGAAGCAGCUCAGAGGGCGACCCAGGCUGCUAACGAGUUGCAAGGGCAAGUACAGAAGAAGGAGGCGGAAAUGAAGAAGAUUUUAGAGGAGCAGCAGGAGAUGGAGGCAAAGUGGAAGAAGGGUAUUCAUCCGGUUGAAUGGCCUUCUCGCGAGCAGUUUGAGGCGAACAAGCGACGUUUUUACAAGGAGGGAAAGUUCCAUCUCGCUAUCGCUGGAAUUUCGGGAACGGGAAAGUCAUCUCUCAUCAAUGCCUUUCGAGGUGUCUGGGACGAUGAACCAGGUGCCGCUGCGACCGAUAUCGUUGAAAGCACCGCCGUUGUCACUCCUUACCCCGAUCCCAAUCCCGCCAACCCAUUCAUUUGGUUCGACGUCCCAGGUUCAGGCACUCUGGCGUGUUCUGAUUGGACCUACUUUAACGACCAAGGUCUCUACAUUUUCGACGCUAUUAUCGUCUUGUUUAACGAUCGCUUCACUGCCACUGACAUCGCUAUCUUGAAGAACUGCGGGCGAUACAAAAUCCCGACCUACAUCGUUCGCUCCAAAUCUGACAUCCACGUCGAGAAUCUGGUCAAGAAGAAGCGGCGUGGAGCUGGCGCGAGGCGGGACCCUGCCAAGGUAUAUGAUGAGGCUUGCAAAGAGUACAUCACGAAGACGCAGGAGAGCGUCAGGCUGAAUUUGAUGAAGAACGAUCCUCCUAUUCGGUCGCAGAAGAUGUAUGCUGUCUCCCGGGAUACGCUGACGAUGGUUGUCCGACAGGAGGUGCUCGAUGAUAGUCUCGUGCUCAGUGAGUAUGAGCUCUUGAGGGACAUCCUCCAGGACGCGUAUUCGCGACGAUCUGAGAAGUCGUACGGCACGAUGUCGGAUCUCAUGAAAAAGGCUGGCAUGGAUAUCCUCCGUUUCUUUACUAGCUGAGGGUGUACUUCCUCUACUGCCCCCUGUUACGGUCAUUUGCGGACGCUUUUGUUACAGUGGUGUUCUUUGGUAUCUUUAAUAUUUUAGGCUGACCUUUUCCCGUUUCAUUACUCAUGUGUUUUACGCGCAGUUCGAAUUGAUCUUGAAUUUACCCUGGCCUUUUCUUCGGUACAAUCCGUUAUGACUGUCUGCUCUGCUCAAAAACUUAGUAUCUA